GCCAUGAUUAAUGCACAAAAUACAACAACCCCAGUGAAUGUUGGUGUUGUUCUUGACUUUGAUUCAGGGGGCGGGACGACUGCAAAGGUGUACUUGAGUUGCAUAGAAAUGGCCCUCUCAGAUAUUUAUGCAUCUCAUCCAUACUUCAAGACGAGGCUAGUACUACAAAAAAGGGACUCCAAACGAACUGUUGUUGGUGCGGCUGCCGCAGCUCUGGAUCUGAUAAAGAAUGCAGAAGUUCUAGCAAUAUUAGGGCCUGAAACAUCAAUGCAGGCGAGCUUUAUUGUUAGUUUGGGAGACGAAGCUCAUGUGCCCAUUUUAUCAUUCUCUGCAUCAACACCUUAUCUUAGUUCGCUCUGGAGCCCUUACUUUUUCAGAAUUACUCAAACCGACUCAUACCAAGUGAAAGCCAUAAGUGGCAUUGUUCAAAAUUUUGGAUGGAGACAAGUAGUACCAAUCUACGUGGACAAUAUGUAUGGGGAGGGAAUCAUACCUUUUCUCAUUGAUGCCUUGCAAGAGGUUGAUGCUCAUGUUCCUUACCGUAGUGUCAUUCCCCCAUCAGCUACCGAUGACCAGAUUUUAAAAGAGCUUUACAAAUUAAUGACAAUGCAAACUAGAGUCUUCAUUGUGCAUAUGAAAUCGAAUCUUUGCUCUAAGCUGUUUGCCAAGGUAAAAGAGAUAGGUAUGAUGAGUAAAGGAUAUGUUUGGAUCCUGACUGAUGGGAUAUCUAAUCGUUUAAAUUCAAUGGAUUCUUCAGUCAUAACUUCCAUGGAAGGUGUGUUAGGUAUUCAAACAUUCAUCCCAAGAACAACAAAACUUGAAGAAUUCAAGCUCCGGUGGAAAGGGAAAUUCCAACAUGACAACCCAACCAUUAUUGAUGUUGAAUUGGAUGUUUAUUCACUUCAGGCUUAUGAUGCUGCUUUUGCACUAGCCCUGUCAAUUGAAAAUGUUGGGAUCAUUGCAAACUCUGAAAUCCACAAGGGUGCUUCCUUCAACUCAACUGACCUUGAUACUUAUAAGGUCUCUCAGAAUGGUCCUAAACUUGCUGAAGCAUUAUCAAUUACUAGAUUCAGAGGCAUAGCUGGAGACUUCAAGCUUGUAGAAGGGCAACUUCAGUCAUCAACUUUGACAAUUGUCAAUGUAAAAGAUGAGGGAGAAAAACCAGUUGCAUUUUGGACUCCGGGAAAUCAAAUGGUAGAAACGUUAAGUGACUCAACAAACACAUGCUUCCUUUCAACUAAUUCCAAGUGCAAUAUUGGGCCAAUUAAUUGGCCUGGAAAUUCUCUCUCAGUUCCAAGGGGAUGGGAGAUACCAACAAAUAGCAAGAAGUUGAAAAUAGGAAUUCCUGUUAAGAUUGAUUUUACUGAAUUUGUUAAGAUCACGGAAGAUCCCAAGACAGGCAGAAUGGAUGUCACUGGUUUCUGUAUUGAUGUCUUUAAUGCUGCACUGGAAGUAUUACCUUAUGCUCUUCCUUAUGAGUUCAUUCCCUUCGCAAACCCCGAUGGCACCAGAGCUGGCAAUUAUAAUGAUUUGGUUUAUCAAGUAUAUCUUGGGAAUUUUGAUGCCGUGGUCGGAGAUUUAACAAUUAGAGCGAAUAGGUCCUUGUAUGUGGACUUUACAAUGCCAUACACAGAAUCUGGUGUUGUAAUGGUGGUGCCAAUCAUAGACACAACGAGAAAGAAUGCUUGGGUUUUCUUGAAGCCUUUGACUUGGGACCUGUGGCUUACAACAUUUUGUUUCUUCCUAUUUACUGGUUUUGUUGUUUGGGUUCUUGAACAUCGUAUUAAUGAAGACUUUCGUGGUCCUCCGUCACAUCAAUUUGGGACUAGUGUCUGGUUUUCCUUCUCAACGAUGGUUUUCUCACACAAAGAGAAUGUGGUUAGCAACUUGGCUAGAUUCGUGAUGAUUAUAUGGGUAUUCGUUGUGCUUAUAUUGACACAAAGUUACACAGCUAAUCUAGCAUCAUUAUUAACAGUACAACAACUUAAGCCAACUGUAGCUGAUAUCAAGGAUCUAUUAAGGAAGGGGGAUAAUGUAGGGUACUCAAAGAAUGCUUAUGUUUAUGGACUCUUGAAAGAAGUAGGUUUCAAUGAUUCAAAUCUUAAAGGUUUUAGAACUAUGGAAGAACUUGAUUUCGAAGCUCUUUCGAAAGGGAGUGCAAAUGGUGGCAUUGCUGCUUUUGUUGAUGAAACCCCCACUAUGAAGCUUUUUAUUGCAAAAUACUGUUCUAAAUAUACCAUGAUUGGACCCAUCUUCAAAACUGAAGGGUUCGGCUUUGUGUUUCCAAAGCGUUCCCCUCUUAUCCCUGAUGUUUCACAAGCAAUCCUAAACAUGACUGAAGGACAGAAGAUGAUGGACAUUGAAUCAAAAUGGUUCAAGAAAGAGAGCAAUUGUCAAAGCUCCAGCCAACUGGGUUCUAGCAACAGCCUCGGACUUGAUAGCUUUUGGGGGUUAUUCCUCAUUGCUGGAGUGGCUUCAAUAUUUGCUCUCAUCAUAUUUGUAGCUUCAUUUCUUUACGAGAAUGGAAACAUAUUGAUGGAUCCUGAUUCAGAAGCCUUUUUACCGGAAAGGAUUGGGGUCUUGUUCAAAAUUUUCAAUCAGAAAGACCUGAAUUCUCGUACAUUUAAAGGCAAUCAAGCAAGAGUUGACGUAAACGUCUCACCAAAUAACAACUGGCCAGAAAGUCCAUUUAGCUACAGAAAUCACAGUGAUGGAAAUUCAGAGCAUCACACACCGCCUCCAGGUUAAGCAUCUCCAGAAUCAGUUCUGAGGCUUGGACUUCUAUGAUUCUCAAGAAAUGACACCUUCUGGAACAACGGGAGGAAAUGUUAAUAUUGAGGGAAGAUCACAGCAUUGAUACAGUUUGACACAGAAAUAAUAUUCAGUACAGUUUUUCAAUAUUAUAUUGUCAAUAGUUGAUCUUCCAGAAAGUUAUUAGCUUGACUUCAUAU